AUGGACCAAGUGCAGAGGAACCCUAUAGGGUCGCAAACGACCAUGCCAGGCUCCAGCAAAGGCAAAAUCAACCUCUACGUCGACAUCGUCAGUCCAUUCGGAUACAUGGCCUACUGGCUCACACGCGUACAUCCCUCCCCUCCAUCCCUCCAUCCCUCCCUCCCUUCCAACUUACCAACACAACUCACAAUUCCAAAACAGAACUCCCCAGCUUUCCAAGGUCUCGACAUAACGUACACCCCGAUCCUCCUCGGCGGCCUCAUGAACGCCACCUCCAACCGCCCCCCCCUGGAAAUCACAAACAAAGCCCAAUGGAUCAACAGCGAACGAAUCCGCUGGACCAAAGCUUUCCGCAUCCCCAUGGCGGCCGAAAUGCCCAACCCUUUCCCGCAACCUACCGUCCCCACGCAGAGGGCGCUAUGCUACAUCUCCCAAUCCCACCCUCAGCUCCUUGCGAAAGCUCUGGAUGCGCUGUUCCAUGCGUUCUGGGUUGAGACGAAGACGAUUGGAAAGGUGGAUGUGAUUAGGGAAGCUUUGGGGAAGGCUUUGGGGGAGCAGGUUGCGGAGGAUGUGGUGAAGGGCUUGGGGAGUGAGGCGGCGAAGAAGGCGCUGAAGGAGAAUAGUGAUCAGGCUUUCAAAGAUGGGGCGUUUGGAUUACCGUGGUUUGUUGCGACGAAUGGGAAAGGUGAGACGGAAGGGUUUUGGGGGGUGGAUCAUAUUGGACAGUUAUUGGAUUUCUUGGGUGUGGAAGUUAAGAGGGAGGGAGGAUAUAAAGCUAUGUUGUAG